AUGACGCCCGUCCGUUUCCUCACAGCCCAGCACCUGCAGCUCCUCCACUACAUACACAUAACGCCACUGGUUUUCAAAACGCCAUCAACCAGAAAAACCACCGCUCCAAUUGACACGAGCACUACCGAUCAGGACAGUAGUAUUUGCGACCCAUGCUACCUCGAAUCCGCAGCCUCAUCUCCCAUAAACCACCAUCACUACGGAGGCGUCGACGAUACGUUCCAGCUCGCCGCGCUGCUGGCAGAAAAAGUCGCGUUGAACCACGCAUUCCGGGACGGAAACAAGCGUACGGCAUUGUACGCCGCGGAUAUGUUCUUACGGGUAAACGGUGGUGCUGGGUUGCUGGUCGACGAUCCUAGGGAGGCGCGCGGGAUCUCGCCGCGUGGUUUGGCUCUCGCUGAUGCGAUGGUUGAUGUCGCCACUAGGAAGUGGUCUGCUGAAGAUCUUGCCAGCUUGAGAAGGAAGCGGAGAGUGCGAUGGUCGGCUGAGGGUAUGAAACUGAAGGCCGAACCUUGGGUGGAGCUUUCUCGAUUGGAAGAGAGGAGGAUGAGGGACGCGGUGUUGGCGGCGAGCGUCCGUCUCGAGCUCUAUCAGGACUACAAGAACAAGGUGCAAAGGGCUGGCCAACCUCUCUGUCAUCCCAGUCAUGCGACGAAACUCACUAUCGACGACGGCAACGCGGACGCAGUUUUGGCCGAGCUCUAG